CGCUAUUCGACGUGUAAAACGUUGUGAGUGCUCAGUUUUCGUGGUAUGCAAUGCAACCUAAUCGACAUAAAUUCAAACACCACUCCGUCUGAAAUAAAGAAGUCGGAACCAACUAAAUACCACCUCAUUGGGGUCACUGUUUCAAAUUAACGAAACACUCCUAGUAAAUACUGUCAACAGAAACACAACAGCUGAUCAAGAGAUCUGUCAACAAAAGUCAAAACGUGGUUACAAGUUAUUGCUGAAAGUUACGUCCUCCAAGUUGUAUACCAAGAAUGGCCAGCAAAGUGAGUUCCCCUUCCGCGGACUGCUAUCUCCAGUUUGCCCAUGAGCUGCGGGAAAAGUGUCACAGACUGGCCCACAUCAAAGGGGCACGGAAACUCGAACGCAAAAUCAUCGCAGAGGUCAAGUUUUUGAGAAAUCUACUCCGCAGAAACAGCAAAGUGCAAGAAAGUCACCUGAAGAGCAGCAACCUCAGCCACUACGCUGCCAUUGUGCAUGCAGCGGAAAAUGUGCCAGGAACCAUAGAAAUUCUGCAGCCUUUCUCCUGUCCUGGAAAAAGAGAGAGCCUCAUUGUGGAUGUAGUUGCUUGUCAAGGUCAUAUCUGGGUCAAGGUCAUUGCAAGGAAGGCACAAGCCCUGCAUCUUGUUUGGGCAGGUCAAGGUCAGUUUGGAGAACGUGACCUGCUACGCCAAGCAGAAGAUUAUCUGGACAGUGCUGAGAAGCACCCUCGUAACUUCACCACUCCAGGAGUGUACUUCGUCUUCUACAACAAUGUCACCAUUCCCAUGUCUGAAGCUCUCCACGACAAGGGUAUACAGGUGCUAGGCCAUCAGGUCCCAGUUGAUGGCAACGUGAAGCAGAAACUGAUGCAUCUACAAGACGAGGAGGAGGAAGAAGAAGAAGAAGCAGAAGAGUUCAGAGGACCUGGAACUGGAUCUGGACCUGAAUUUGGCAGAGACAGUGAUAAAGAGGCUGAGGAGGAUUCCAGUUCAAGGAUUAUGGGUGCCAGUGAGUUUCUUUCAGCUUCUGAUAGUCCUAGGAUUAAGAGUAUGACAAGCCUUAGCAAAGAUUCCUUACAUGCAGAGUCUGAAUCCAUUGAAAAUGAAUCUUUGAAAUGUGAACAAAUCUGUGAAGGUAUUAUUUCUGAGUCUGUUGUGACAUGUUCUGUGGAUAUGAUGAACCAAGAAGCACAUAAUGUUGAACGUGGUAAAAGAGAGAUGGUUGGUGGCAAAAAUUCACUUGUAGAGAUUGAUGGAGAUUCUGUGCCAGGAGUACGUCCAGUUGAAUCUGCCUUACAUGACCUUAGUCUUUCAAGUCGCACAGACAAAUUGUGCCAAGACAUUGAUACCUGUUGUCUUUCAAGUUCCUCAAAUAAAAAAAGUGGAGAAGAUUCAGGUUUAGGCUAUGCUCAGGAAAGGCUAGACACUGGUAUCAGAGAACAUCGAGGUCUAAAACAUAGUUUGCAAUCCAAGCAGCCUGCUCGAGUUGACGAUGGCUUGAGGAGCUCAGAAAUUAAGUCUCUGAUAGGUCUUGAUGGAGGACAAGGGCAGAAUGCCCCAACUGAUUCCCUCUGUGGAUCCACCCCGGACGCUUCCUCUGACACUCACUCACACUCUCCCUCCAACCCUAACACUACCUCUCACUCUCCAACUGACUCUCACUCGCACUCUCCCUCCAAUCCUGCCUGUGGAUCCACCCCGGACACUCCCUCUCACUCUCCCUCCAACCCAUCCUCUGGGGCUACCCCAAACACUCCCGCUGACGCUCCAACAGACAGUACCUCUCCAUCUCCCUCAAAACCUCCAACAUCCCCCAAGUCUUCCUGUAGUCCGAACUACACAUUGUUGAUGUCAGAGUUGCUCGGCGUCAUCCCGGUCCUCUCAGAAUGCAUCAUGGACAGCAGUGCCCACAUCAUCAAUGGCAUUUUCAAGGUGAAUCUGGAUAUCACCACGCUCAUCACGCUGGUGUCCGCUGUCACCCACGGCAACUGCAACUAUGUGUUCACAGAGAAGAUCCUCACGAUGCAGGCAGCGGAGGAGAGGGAGAAACCAGUGCUCCCAGGUCUGUUGGAGUUUAUGAAAGGCAAAGAGCUGUAUGCAUGUCGAUCUGCAGUGGACGACUUCAACACCAUCCUGUCUACACUUGGGGGAGAUGGGGAGAAACAGAGGGCUGCAGAGCUCCUAGCCAGGGUCAAGGUCGUGGACGACAAACCAUCCCAGAAGGCCCUGAACUUGCAGAACCUUGGGAAGAUAAAAGAUCGGUCAAAGGUGAUAUUUGGUACUGGAGACAGCCUGGAAGCUAUUACCAUGACAGCCAACUCCGGAUUCCUACGGGCAGCUGAGAGUCAGGGUGUGACAUUUGCAGUGUUUGUUCAUGCAGCACGGGCCCUCACUGAGGACAAGGAAAAAACUGCAACACUUAUCUAGGCCCACACUUCCUAUUGUUCAAAGUCUGCAGAUUUUCUAACCAGUAACACUGAGAAGGAUGAUAUGGACAUAAUAGUAAAGUUGUGUAACAGAAUGUUUUUUAUCAGCUCACCUGACUGAAUGUCUGUCAUCCGUUCAUCCAUCUCCCUUAACACUACAGGGCCUCUGAAGCUGGAGUACUGAUGAUCACAGCUAUGAAAAGUCUUCACAGUCUUGAUCUGGUUUUAAACAUGGCCAUAAUGGCAGCCAUAUUGUAAAUGAUGUAUUACUGAUUACUCAGACAUUUCUGUUGCAUUAUGAAAUGUUCUGUGCAGAAAGAAUGUGACAUCCACCUGCACUCAUUGUUUAGUUUAACACCUGGUGCCAACAUUGGUGUGUGAGAGACUGUACUCAUUGUUUAAACACCUGGUGCCAACAUUGGUGUGGGUGAGACUGUGCUCAUUGUUUAGUUUAACACCUGGUGCCAACAUUGGUGUGUGAGAGACUGUACUCGUUGUUUAGUUUAACACCUGGUGCCAACAUUGUUUUGGGAGAGACUGCACUUAUUGUUUAGUUUAACACCUGGUCCCAACAUUGGUGUGGUAGAGACUGUACUCAUUUUUCAGUUUAACACCUGGUGCCAACAUUGGUGUGGGAGAGACUGUACUCAUUUUUCAGUUUAACACAUGGUGCCAACAUUGGUGUGGGAGAGACUGUACUCAUUUUUCAGUUUAACACAUGGUGCCAACAUUGGUGUGGGAGAGAUUGUACUCGUUGAGUUUAACACCUGGUGACAACAUUGCUCUUGGAGUGAAUCAGCAUUAUUAUUUUUUUAUUAACACCUGGUUGGGGAUAUAUAUGACUGUAAAAUAAUUGUUACAGUGAACACUUGCAGUGAAAAGAGUUUAUUACAUGCAUCAAUAUGUUUGAAAUGUUAUAUUAAACUUGUUACCUGGUGAACAUGCUAAUCUGAUUGGACAUCACAUUGUUGUGAGAGAUUCAUCUGUAAGCAUUCACUAGGUUUUCUAAGCACAAUAAUGUAAAAUGAGACACAAUAAACAAACAGAUGCCUUACA